AAUGGUUUAUUCCAAAGGUCCAAAAUGGCGGAACAACAUUACGACAGAGCCAAGUUUACACCAAUCUGCUACAGAAAAUGUCACAUUUCUCCGCGGUAUGGGACGCACAGGAUCUGAUAUCAUGACAGGAGUAUAUUCAAGUGCCACAUAAUGACAGACUUUGAGGAAGACUACCCUGGACAGCUGCUCCACCAGGCUGCCUUCUAUGAUAAUGUGGAGCUGUUACAGGAACUGCUGGCCAGCUCGGAGAGGUCUCACAUCAACGCAGCCAACAGCUCAGGACAGACAGCCCUGCACUCAGCUGUGGCUGGGGACAGCAGGGAGAGUCUACAGAUGUUACUACAGGCUGGAGCUGAUCCAGGCAUUGCCUCUGGCAUGAGGGACAACUGUAGGACCCCCCUACACCAGGCAGUGGCCCACAGUAAGGUAGAGUGUGUGAAAGUGUUGGUGGAUGGAGGGGCGUCUCUGGAAGUCAAGGAUGGUGAGGGGAAGACUGCUUAUCACCUGGCAAUGGCACUGGGGAACAGGAAAAUACUGGAUAUACUACAGAUGGAGAAAGAGGCACAAAGAAAGAUAAAGGAAAUCAUCACAGCAGAUCUGUACCAGGCAUGUGUGGAUGGUAGAGCAGACAAGGCUGCUGAACUCAUCUUACAACUAGACAAAGAAGUCAUCAAUGCUGCAUACAAUGGUGGCAGCACCCUCCUAUACAGGGCCUCUCAGCUAGGGCAUGAGGCUGUAGUACAACUCCUGUUGGACAGUGGAGCUGGUACAGUACCUAACGUUGGUACAGGACUGACACCACUACAUGCAGCAUGCUGGACUGGCCAGGUCAACAUAGCAACACUACUGCUACAGCACCUGCCCCAGUUUGCUGGGAUGGAUUCCAUCCAGUCCCUCCAGCUGCCCAUCCAUGUGGCAGCCUCACAGGGGCACCUGGGCAUCGUCAACGUACUGCUGAACAUGCUGGAUCCUGUUGGUUCUGACACUCAAAGCAAUCCAAACUCUGCUGCAUUUGACAUCAAUGCCCUGGACCUAAACUGGCACUCUUCCUUACACCUGGCUGUACUAGAGGAUAAAGUCUCGGUAGUAGAGGCAUUGUUGCAGUGGUCAGCUAGAACUAACACAACCAGUGCUACAGAGAGUAACCCUGUAAGUCCACGCAGUCCGCUAGAAGAUUCAGGACAACGCAUCACCGUAGACACAUACUCUGUCCUAGGUAGAACUCCGCUUCACGACGCGGUGAAAAACGGAGAGGUUGCAAUCACAACACUACUACUCCAACAUGGCGCAAACCCUGACCUACCGGCAAAGGUACCCACCGGGUCCUCUCCAUACAACAGUUUAGACUCAAACAGUUCUUUUGAAGGGACGUCUGCAAAUAUGACAGCACUAACAGAAGCUGCCUCUUGUGGAAACAAAGACAUUGUAGUCACUCUCUUGAAGUAUGGUGCCAAAGACAUGAGAGAUGCUGCUUUGCAGUCUGCAUUGACUAACGGCCACACAGAUAUUGCAGGCUUACUGCUAUCCUGUUCAGGAGUAGCCAUAGACUUGGAGAGCAAGUUGAACAGAAGGUUACAGCUCUUCCUCGAGAGAUCAUGCAGUGUUGAGGAGGACAAUGUAAAAAGCAUGGACAGUGUUACAACUCUUUUGAGUAGUGAUGGCACCAUGGCCUCUGGGAACCUAGGUACAGGCAUAGGCACUCUCGCUAGAACUUCCACCAGAAACAAGGCAGUGCGGGUAAACUGGUGCUGGAGAAAUCUAAGGAAGCUGAACGUAGAGUGGUUCAUAGAGGCCUGCGUUCACCUCAACCACACACUGGUGCCAUCAAAGUCAGCCCUGGUGUGUAUCACAAGAAUCGACGUGUCAGACAACCAAAUUGUGCAGUUGCCAAAAGAGAUAUUUGUGGACAUGGACUCCUUACAACAGCUCAACUCCUGUAACAACUGUAUCUCCAGCCUGCCUGAGUUUAAGGACGACGACACCUUCAACAGCCCCUCUUUGAAAGAAGUCGACAUAUCCGGGAACAGGCUUAGUGUCAUACCCACCUGGAUUUUCCAGCUUCCUGCACUGGAAAUCCUAAAUCUAUCCAACAACAGGCUAAAGACAGUCCCAUUCAGCAUGUGGACAGCUCAGAAACUGACCUACCUAGACAUAUCGGUGAACUUGCUGGAUGAUGUUCCAAGCAGACCAGAUUCAAAAAGCGAAUGCAUUGUCCAGACUACUUCGGGCAAUGAGGAAGACAGACAACGAACAGAGACAAACUCCAGCAAGGAAUCCAACGAAAGCUUCCACACCCCUAAUGGGUCUUAUGAGGACAAAGAACCAGAGGCAGAGACGUCACCUUCACAACGACGUGAGUCAACAACAAACAACGUAGUCCAACCCUGGCGACCGACAAACCCAAACUGCAGGAGACGGAAGCUUGACAGGAUCAACAUCUGGGAGAAGGAUGUGGCAACUAGCAUCCUCACAGAAGAGUUUGCCUCAGAAGCAGAUGAAGACUCCUCCUCCACAUCUGCCCUGGAUUUCCUGAACCUUGCCUGGAACAAGUUGACUUCAGUACCUACUGGUCUACCAUGUCUGGCACCAAGGUUAUCAAAGCUAGACCUCUCUCACAACAUCAUCAGUGAUGUAGGUCCACCCAACACGUACCCCAAAGGUUUGACCAAACUCCUGCUGCAGUACAACAAGAUAGAAGACAGUAAGAGGUACUCCAGGCAGGACUCUGAGAGUUGUUGCUACAGCCCCUAUGCUUCGAGCUUGAGGAACUCUGCCAGUGGUGCCUCCAUUGGAGAUAUGAGGAUCAGCAGAUCAGAGUCUGUGUUGUCCCAGAUCUCCUUCCUCAGCCUCCUGUCCUUGUGUCAUCACAGGAGACACAGUAUCCUGCCCAGCCUGAAGAUUCUGGACCUGUCGGAUAACCAGAUAGAGAGUCUGGACCUGGUGUACAGUCUGGAGGAGUCCCGGCCCUCCAGUCUGUCUGAUGGUGCAGAGGUGGCAAACUUGAGUAGUAAACCUCACAGUACUGGAGAUCCAGCUCACCGCAAGAGGAAGAGAGUAUCUGAUUCAUCCACCUCUUCCAUGGACCAGCUGACCAACCUGCACCCCCUGUACCCCAAACUGUCCACCCUGAACAUCAGUAACAACAAGAUCAAGGUCAUCCCAGCUGACAUGGGGCUGUACCAGGACCUCACCAUGCUGUAUGUCAGUGACAACAAAGAUGUCAGAACCCUACCCAUGGAGCUAGGGAAGCUGGAGAAGCUGUGGGACUUCAGAGCUAAUGGAGUAGAACUGGAGGAACCUCUGCAGGGUCUGCAGCUCAGGUCUACCAGGCACCUCAUCGGGUACCUCAGGUCCAUCCUCGAUCAGUCCAGACCCUACUGCAGGAUGAAGCUGAUGUUGGUGGGACUGCAGGGUGUGGGGAAAACCUCCCUGCUGCAUGAGAUGAGAAGGGAGGGGACUGGAUCGUACCAAGAAGUUGCAAUUAAGGGCUGGGCCAGCAGAAUGGGUUACUUCCGGAAUGACCAGAAGACGAGGAAGGGUCAGAACAUCUCGACUGUGGGAGUGGACGUGGGAGACUGGACAUACGUGAAGAGGGUGAAGAAGAAACCCUGUGAACUGGGGGAGGUCACCUUCAGCACAUGGGAUUUUGGAGGACAGAGAGAGUACUAUGCGACCCACCAGUACUUCCUGUCCAAACGUUCCCUGUACCUGGCCUGCUGGAAGAUCACAGAUGGGGAGAAGGGUAUUGAGGACUUACAACAGUGGCUUAUCAACAUACAGGCCCGAGCCCCAGACUCCCCUGUCAUCAUUGUGGGUACCCACUAUGACGAGUUUAAGAAGUACCCGCCGUCCUUUCUGCCGGAGCUGAGAGAGAUGAUUGACAGCAGGUUCAUCAACCUGCCUGAGCCUCACCUCCACGGCCUGCCGAGGGUCAAAGGUCAGCUGGAGGUCAGCUGUAAGAACCACCACAACAUCCGGGAGCUGUGUGACCUCAUCUACGACACUGUCUUCCAGCUCAAAGUCAGGGAUAAAGGCGGUACUGGCCAGCUGCUGUUAAAGCAGCCCAUCCCUGCCACCUACCUGGCCCUACAGAAGACUGUAGCAAGGAUAGCAGCCCAGAGGAAGAAAGAAGGGAAACACCCUGUGCUAGUGGGAGAUCAGUACAAGAUCGAGGUGAUGACUGAGAUGAUGAGGAAAGAGAACCUGUGCUUCAGAGAUCACGAGGAGCUGAAACAGGCUACACAGUUCUUACAUGAAAAUGGUGUCCUGCUCCACUAUGAGGAUGUAGCCCUGAAGGACCUGUACUUCCUGGACCCACAGUGGCUGUGUGACAUGCUGGCUCAUGUUGUCACCAUCCCAGAGAUCAACGGAUAUGUCAAGAAUGGUAUCCUGGAGACCAAAUGCCUGGGUCUGAUCUUCAAGUCAGCGUCCAUCACCCCCCUGGACAUCCGACAGUACAUCGUGGACCUGCUGAAUAAGUUUGAGGUGGCGCUGACCUGGGACAACAAGAACCUGCUCAUCCCUUCCCUCCUGCCAACUGAAGACAACAUCAAGAAACUCACUAAGGAAGGCAGAGAGGUCCAGAUCACAAUGAAGAGGAAAGGAAAGAAGUCAAAGGCUAUGCUGAUGAAACCCAACAAGGUCUUUGUUACCAGCAAGCCUAUCCACAUCUCCCGUCGUGAGAAGAUCUCUACGGGCAAGUCUACCUUCUACCCAGGUGCCACCUCCUCCCCACUACCUGCACCACCUGCUAAAGAAGAUGUAAACGGUAACAAUGAAGAGAGAAGAAACAAGCCCAAGGUGACGUACACCAGCCAGUUCCUUCGCUUCUACCUCAUGUCGUACUUCCCGAGCGGGUUCUGGUCGAGGCUGAUCACGAGGGUGUUCGCCGACGACCACCUGUAUGAGAUAGCCUCUGCGUGCUUCGAGGCAGUUAGCGGGAACAUCGGAGAUGGUCCGGUACAAGUACUGAUGGAGAGUCCACACUGGGUUUGCUGGCAGACUGGCUUCAAGCUGAGACACUGUAACGCCACACUCCUGACAGUCAAGGAAGUCAUCGGUGAAGAAGACGAGAGAAGUAAGUACUCCACUUUAAGGUUAUCGACCCGUGAUGUGCCCAGCAUGGCGGGAUAUCACGGAGGAAAGCUCCAGAUUAGCGUACCGUUGUCAGAAGUCAGGUACAGCUACACGCACACCGUGUCCACUCCCUCCAGUAUCAGCGAGGAGGAACAGAAGAAGAUAGUGCUGAAGACAGAUGUCGCUAUUGCUACGAGGUUACUCGCAGUCGUAGUGGACCAUCUGGACCUCCUCCUGCAAGACUGGUACGCGGACAUCGGCGAGCGUUUCCGUCAGACGUCCCACGGUCUCUACCUCGUCCGAAGGGUCAUACCGUGUCCGAAGUGUCACAAGGCAUUCAAUGUUCCUGCUAAACAGCCCAAGAAGAAACACAAGGAUGUCCACCAUAGAGACGAGGCUUGGGAAGUUGUGAAGGUUAGUCCACAGGACCAUGAGCCAUAUGUGUCAAAGACUGUUGUUUCCCCCAUCAAGGAUUCAAAAGGUGUUGCCAAUGGAAAGUCUUUACAAGCAACAGAGAACACUAACACUAGUGCAACAGUGCCGUCAGUAGCCAGAAAUGCAGAGGAAGAGACAAAGGAAGAUCUGCUGUUCCAGUUAGAACUAUCCACAGAGAUGGACAGAGUGGGAGAUGGUGAAAAGGAUAACAGCAUGGCUGUAGCUGUGAGAAAGUCAGCACCUGAUGUAUUGAAGGAAGAAGAGCACACAGAACCUAAGAAACCACUGAGCCUGACUUUUGUAGAUCCAGCCAAACCUGCUACAGAAGGAUCCAGCCAGAAGUUGUUAGAGGGUCAGCCUGGGAAGCAGAAAAAGGGAAAGAUGUCGAGUACUGUACCAGCUGCCAUCACAACAUUCCAAUUUGAUGACCUGGUAUUCCAAUCUCUGAGUCAGAAAGCAGUGGAAUGCCCCAGACAUGGAACUCUGCUGCUAAAGACUUUGGUGCCAGAUGUGAUGUUUGAGGAUAUUGCCUCCUACCUCCUCAUGGAUCCCUCCGAGAUCACCUCCCAAAGGCUUCUGGGUACAGGGGCCUUUGGCUUUGUGUUCCAAGGACUCAGAAAGACCAGGACUGCCCCGGGAACAAGUGUGGCCCUGAAGAUCCUGGAACCACGGGACCCUGGGAAGGAGGCACCUGACUCUGCAAAGAAGGAGUAUGCUCAGCACAAGAGGAAGUGGACCCAGGAGCCGACCUGGGCGGCCUGUAAGGCCUACUGUACCGUACGACAGGAGAUGAUGGUCCUGUCAUCCCUCACACACGACCACAUCGUGUCCCUGCUGGGGGUGUGUCACCAGCCCCUGUGUCUGGUGUUAGAGCUGGCCCUGAGGGGGGCGCUGGACACCAGACUGAGGGAGUACAGGAGGGAGGGGGCCAGGCUGGACCCAUGUGUGGUGCAGCUCAUCGUGGUGCAGAUCUCCUCUGCCAUCUCCUACCUCCAUUCUCACCGCAUCAUCUACCGUGACCUGAAGGCACAGAACGUGCUUGUGUGGUCACUCCCAGUGCCCACAGAUGACCUGACCUGUCACGUUCACGUCAAGCUGGCGGACUAUGGCAUCAGUAGGGCAGCCAUGCCCAGGGGAGAGGUCAAGGGUUUUGGGGGAUCACCAGGGUACAUGGCACCUGAGAUUGUGCAGCACUAUGGGAUGGAGGCAUACACUGAAAAGGUGGACUGCUUCUCCUUUGCCAUGUUCCUGUAUGAACUGCUGAGUCUGAAGCAGCCGUUUGAAGGUCUGGACCAGAUCAAUGACCUCAUCCUCAGAGAGAAGAGACCACCUCUUACAGACAAGGAGAGAAGCUAUCCAACCAACAUCUUGGACAUCAUGAGCCUGUGUUGGUCACAUGAUCCACACAACCGCCCCCGUGCUGCAGACAUUACCAAAGCUGCUAGGUGUGCCGAGUUCCCUCUCCUGCUGCAAGCGAUGCCAGUGGCGGAUGGCCCAGGGAAGACAGCACUCGUGGCUUGUGCUACUUACUCUGAACAGGUUCAAGUGAUAGAUGAUGGUUAUGGAGGUGCGUUAGAGCAGAGUGUGACCCGGGUGUGGCUGUGUAACCUGGCUCAGAACGGACCCCCCACACAGGUGGAUGUACUACAGGUGGUGGAUGGGAGGUUACAGGAGGAGGCCAUGGCUUUUGAGGUGCCAGAUGUGGUGUGUAGAGUGUGCAUCAUCGGUGAUAUGAUUUGGAUGGGAAUUGAUAAACCAGUGGUCCAUAUCUACAGAUUGUCCACCCUUAAAAAAAUGGAAACCAUCAGCUUGUCCAAGAAUGUGCGAAGAACCAACACAGUGCGCUCGAUCCUACACAUCCCGGACACAAGAACAGUGCUGGUGGCUCUGUCCCUGGGGACUGUGGUACAGUACAGGUACUCUGGUGGGGACAGCAGUACACAGAACAGUGGUCCAAUCACUGUGACAGAAGUACACAGGGCCAGGUUGGAGUAUCACACAUUCAGCGCUGCCAUUGUCAAUACUGUGAACAGGUCUACAGAGCUGUGGCUGGGAGGCUGUGAUGGGGGGAUGAAGAUCAUAGAUGGAGAGUCCCUGGUUGUGCUGAAGGAUCUGAACCACUUUGACCCCAAAUGUUCCAAAGUCAAUGUCAUGCACCUGGCUACCCAAGGUGGUCCCGACAGACCAGGGGUGGGCGGAAACGUGUGGUCAUACGUGUACCCAGGUACAACUGUUUACAAGUGGGAGGUGAACACCUGGUACAACACACACACCUUAGACUGUAAGGACCACCUGCCAAAUCUACAUGCUGGGUGCUGCCAGGUGUCCAGUCUGCAGGUGCAAGGUGCCCAGCUGUAUGUAGGGACAGUCUGGGGUCACCUGCUUAUCUGUGAUGCCUCCAAGAUGACCUGUUAUGCACGGGUCAUAGGUCAUUUGGAAGAUGUGAAGUACAUCAUCCCUGUGUCUUCUGGGAUACAGCUGUCAGAGUCCUUACUACAGCAGGGUAGAGACCCAGACACUCAAAUCAGUAAGCAGCAGAAGAACCAGUUGCUGACCAUAGGACAAGGCUACAACUACCUGCUCCAGAACCACAUACAGGGGAGUCAUGUCAAACAGGGCAUACCUUCAUCUGAGUCCAUACUACUGGUGUGGGACGCUGACCGGUGGCAUCUGGCUGGACAGUAUUGAGGACCUGGUUGUAACUGGUGCACUGGAUACCAGACCCAGGCCAGAUGUCAAUAAUGUCUUUUUAUGCACGGUUGUCAGGGUGUAAGUCGGGGGGCCUACUGUAGAGUUUCUUUGGAGCCCUAGAGCAGAGGAGUUGUGCUGUAUAGGUCAUGGAAACAGUCUGGCAUCCAGGCUAGGUAUCACAAGACUUGAGGAUAGAUUCGUUGAACUUUUAGGAAGGAAUUGAGGAUACCAGACCCCGGCCUAAUCUUACUAAUGUCUUUUUAUGCAUGGUUGUCAGGGUCUAACUAAUGGAGCCUGCUGUAGAAUAUUUCUCUUGGGGCCCUAUAGCUGAGGAGUUGGGAUGUCUAGGGCCUGGAAUCAGCCUGGCAUCCAGGCUAGCAAUCACAAGACUCGUGGAUAGAAUUGUUGAACUUUGGAGAAAUGAAUUGUUAGGCCUUUAGGACAAAAGGAUAUUAUAUUUUGGGAUGCGUUGAAACAUGAGAUUCUAUUACAGAUUUAAAGACAGUUUUCCAUGAUCACCAUUAUUUCUAUUUUAAUUUUAAUUUUUUGCUGACAUUUGAUUGCUUUUUUAUGACCUAUAAUUGUGUCUGAAGGGAUUGAUAAUGUAUGCUUGAUUGUAAAUGAGAUAUUAUCCUAUUCGGAGAGUGCAAAGAGAUAUGGUAAUGUAAUACUGAGUGUGUAAAUUGUGUUGCAAUUCUUUUCAGGUCA